GCUAUACAUAUAUAAGCAACUAUGUUCAUGAUAUAAUAAAAUUGUAUGCCUCAUUAAGAUUAAAAUUAAGCAAGAUUAAAAAAUUUUAUGAAUUAUAAACCAAUGACAUUGCAGACGUGUGCCCAUUACAAGGGUAAAACAUAAGUGUAAUAUUACAAAAUAUAAUCUCGUGACAGUCAGCACUGAGUCUCCAGUACAUGUAAAUUGUUACCCUUCCGCCAGUUUGCUGGUCAGGGGAAACGGAAUUAUUUGUAAAACCGUAAAGCAUUAUGUCUACAACACCAGAACCUGAUUCUGCGAAGCAAUUGGAAAUUCUAUUACAGUGUUCUGUUUGUAGCAAGACAUUAACUCAGCCACGGACAUUGCCAUGCUAUCAUUCAUUUUGUAAACACUGCUUGGAGAAUUAUGUCGCCGCUCAAUGCGAGAAAGCAGUUGAAGCUAGUGCAAAAGAACCAGAAAUCUUCGAAUGUCCGUUAUGCCGCACGAAGUUUUCAGUCAAAGAAGUGGAAAAUGUUGGCGAGAAAAUGCCAGCAAACCACUUUAUUAACAACCUGUUGGAAUUGCUCAGCAUACAGCAACAAGCCCAUCAUGUAAAAUGCCAGUCGUGUAAAGCGAAGGCUCCUGCUGCCAGCAGAUGCAUGUCGUGUGAGAAAUAUCUGUGUGGAAAGUGUCUGGAAACCCACAACAACUGGCCAGUCUUUGAGGAGCACGUCGUGCUGACGUUGGAAGAAUUAGCGAAGCCAGAAAAUCGAGCGAAGGCAAAAGACAAAUCUCGUUGUGAGAAACACGACAAAUUUCUGGAGUUUUACUGCGAGACAUGCAAAGUCCUUGUUUGUCGCGACUGCGUUGAUCUCAAUCACACUCGGCCCGAACAUGCGUGGUUUCCGUUGGCAGACGUUGUGGUACAGCACAAAGAUGCGUUGAACGCAUAUGCUGGUAUAUUUCAGAAGCAGAAUAACGAUGCAGCCGAGAGUAAUCGUAAGAUUGAAGAGGCAAUGGAGGAUCUCAAGUUCAACUCAGGUAAUGCGAAACACGCCAUUAAAAAAGAACACCAGAAUAUCCUGGAUGCGUUUGCAAAAAGACUUGAGAAAGAAACCAGGGCCUUGCUUGAUGAAGUUGACAUGAAAUUCACCGAAGCCAAAGAGACCCUGUUGAAACAGCACGCGGACGUGAAAUCUUAUUCCGAGAAGGCGAAAAGUUCUCUUGUUUUUACCAGGAGUAUACUUUGCAGCGGAAGCGUCGAAGAAAUCCCCGCUCUUAAACACGAGAUUGAGGAAAAAGCUGGGAGCAUUGAGAAUGAACGACCAGAAUAUAUGGAGCCAGUCCACGAUGGCCUCUUUGAGUUUUAUCUAAAACCUACUGCAGAUUUCAUCAAGGAUUUGAAGUUAAAAGGCUACGGGAAAAUUUAUUCUCCUCGUUUGAAAAACACAGGAGUACAAGCUGACCCUGUAGUACAAUCCUUGUGUGACAGAUCAACCAUCUUAAAGGGUAACCUUGAACAUGCAAAGCAACUUGUAAAGUGGGUGAAAUAUAAGAAGUUUGGUUGGCAACUUUGUUAUCGAGCUUCACGUGAUGGUUGGGGGGCAGAGGAUUUUCGUAGAAUGUGUGCCGAUGUUGGACCUACGGUGACCUUGGUGAAAUGUGGAACCAACAUCUUUGGUGGUUUUACUGACCAAAGUUGGAAACUACCAUCACGAAAAGGUUUUCCUCAGUUCAAACAAUCCACCUCGUCAUUUCUGUUUACAAUUGAAAACGAAGAGAAUUUAGGGGCGAUCAAGUUUCCGAUCAAGGAAGGUCAAAUUAAAAAUGCAAUUCUUUGUCACCCUCUACGGGGAGCUGUAUUUGGUAGUGGUCGAGAUCUAUCCAUUAGUGAUAACGCCAACACAAACGAAGAUUCAUACAGCAACCUGGGUUUUACAUACCAAUCUCCUCCGCAAUAUCGACCCGGAACUCAGGAGACCAAAGCUCUACUUGCGGGUAGGAGGGAAUUCACGCCAUCAGAAAUUGAAGUUUUUUCCAAUACAACAGUUAUCAAGUUAGACGACGUCACGCUGAAGUUGGACGCUGGAUGUGUAUCUACAGACACAGAAAUAACUUUAACCGCUAGCAGUACGCGGAAUAUUACCCCUAAAUCAUUGCUAGAUUUAGGUCUUGUCGAUGCUAUUGUUCGUGUUGUUGAACUUCUUCCGGACGGCGUGAAAUUUUUAAAACCAGCAGUUCUCAUGAUUAGAUUCGAAAUGACUGUCUCCAAGGCUGAACAUUUCAUUCUACAUGGUUCGUACAAUUGCAAUUGCCGAAAGACUUCAUGGGAAGUUCUGAAUACUGAUAUCAAAAAAGACAACGUUAAAGGAGUUCUAAGUGUGAAAAUUAAUGGCUGUUCUUUCUAUACUUUCAUUCUGGCGAGACGAGGAGUGUUAGCUCGCAUCCUUUGUCACUUCAACGACACCUUUGUCUGCCGAGCCUAUGCCUUGUAUCGUACAAAACCUUCAAUAGGAACUAUAGAUAUUGCUGUUAUUUUAGUCAGCGAGUUUGUUGAUGAUAACGAGGAAGACGGUAUUAAACAGUUGAAGGACCAUUUUGACCGAGGUUACCUCACAGGGGAAAAAGGAGGGUUGAAACGUGUUCACACAGAUCGUGAUCUUCAAAUAUCUUUGAGCUUUCCUGGGCUCGAAAGCCGUCAUAUUUCCUUCAAGAUUAAUCAGGCUGAACUGGACUCUUCCGGUUAUGCGAUCAGCAGCGAUUUCUUGGAAAUUGGAAUAAACAAUCCAGCAAAUGGAAAGGUUAAGAUUAGUGAAGUGUUUGAGAAUACGUUGUUGUGGACGUUAUUUUUCGGCAACAAUGGAGAAAGGGCGUCAGAAGCGAGAAAAGAAUCAGCACAAGAAGAACGACGCUCAGCAAGAGACUCGUUGCCAGGAGUUGUGCAUCGGACGACAAAACUAACAAACGGUGAAAUAUGUCAGAUCAGCAAAAAAGUUGGGUUGGAUUGGGAUUGCUUAGCAGGGCUCUUGGACAUUCCGUACUAUGAACGCGAGGAAAUCAGAUUCCACUACACAAAAUUUUCUUCAAAAGCAGAACAAGUUCUCCAGCGUUUUAAUGCAAGCAAGUCUUUUGAUCGCAAUACUCUGGAAAAGUGUUUUCAUGAAUUGAAUAGAGGAGAUUUAAGUAAAGAUUUAGAACGCCCAGUGGAAAGAGAGGAUGAAACUGAAGACGUGCAGGAAACAAGGUCACAAUCGCAAGCUGGAGGCGAUCAAGACAACCAGUUGGCGCACACACCUCUUUCAUCUCGAGAAUUGUACAGAUUAAGUCGACUAAUUUUUGUGGACUGGGACUGUCUUGCCGCUCUUUUAGAGAUAGUGGCAGCAGAUAGGAAUACAAUUCGUACCUGUGAUAAAUACAAAGAUGACCGCAGUCGAGCCGAAAAAGCGUUAUCUGUUUUUAACCGGAGUGAGGAUUUCUCAAGAGUAAAACUAGCCGAUUGUUUGAGAGAAAUCAACCAGGAUGGCUUGAUUGAACCAGUGCUAAGAGGGGAUUGGAGAAACCUGGUGAUUUAAAUCCAAUUCAUCCUUGAGGGGUGUGUAUUGGCUGUUGAUAUUACAGGAUAGUUAUACAGUUGACUACCGCAAAUCUUGCACUGUGUUUAACUAGGCAUACACUACUAAAGAACAGACCAUAAACAGAAACGUAUGUUUGAUUCCUUCUACAUUGCCAGCAACUCUCUUGUGCAGUAGCGCAGCCAGACUGACGAGUUGUCCCACUAUGCUAAUAUUUUGGCGUUCAUUGACUGCU